AUGAACGACAUAGAAACAGACAUUAUAACUCUUUUAGAGUGUUUAAAAUGUCAACAGAAUAAUCCUAAAUCUUUGUGUAGAACAUUGAUGACAUUAUCAUCUCUUUUAACAGACAAUGAGGAGGCUAAAGAUGUAUUUAGAGAAGAGAAUGGAAUUCAGUUUGUGUUUAAAUUAAUGACCAAAGCUUGUACACUAGAAUUAAAACAUUCAAUUAUGUUCUGUCUGGCUUGUGCAGUUGAUAAAAACGUUCUAUCUCAAAGUGUAGUGAAUAAAAGAGAAAUAUUUGAUUAUUUACAUCAUAUAUUGAAAGAUAGUGGUAAUGAUAAUGAGAAAAUACAACAAACAGCUAUAUUUCUAUUAUUAUGUAUUGUAGCAAGUAAUAGUGUAGGUCAGAGUCUAGCAAAUGAAAGUCAGUGUAUAGAUGAUCUUAUAAUGAUAUUUAGAAAACUAUUAGAAAAUACAGCUAAAUGGAAGACAAGUUAUAAAGGUUUAUGGUGUAGUUUAAAUAGUGCUUUAAGUAUAUGUGUUAACAACCCUCAAAAUGAUUCUAAUCAAAGAAAAUGUUGUAUAUUAUUUCCACAAGCAUUUAAAUGCUUAUCUGAAAAUAAUGAUCCUGAUAUCCUGCGUCCUGUCUUGGCUUUGUUAGGAUUGUCAGUGGCUAAUAACGGCUGUAAUCAAGAUAUAGUAAGAAGAUGUGGUGGUAUAGAAGUUUUGAUAUCACAAAUCAAGAUAUGGAUACAAUUAGUUCAUACUGAUUGUGAUUAUCUUUCAUUAGCUGUUAAUGGUGUGGGUACAUUAGAUUCUUGUAUCUCAGAUAAUGAUGAAAAUUGUAAAGAGAUGGUAGAAUUGAAUGGUAUUGAUGUAUUAUUUUUGAUAUUAAGUUAUGAUGAAUUAGAUAGUAUUGAGAAAUUACAGAUUAUAUUGACUCUAGGUCAUUGUUUAGAUGAUAAUACAGGAAACAGAUAUAUAAUGAAGACAAGAGAGAAAAAUAUACUUAUACAGAUUUUAACACAAACACAAGAUGAAGAAUUAAUGAAAGCUGUAAAAUAUGUCUUACAGAUUGGAGAUAAAGGAAUUUCAUCUACUAAAGAAAAGAAUACACAAGACACAACAGAUAAUGAUCCAAACACAAUAAUUCUGCAGAAGAUAGCUGAAUUAUCUAAUAAACUAGACUGUAUGGAUACAGAGAUUAAGAGUAAACAAAGUGAAGGUAUUGAUAUAGAGUAUUGGAUGAAUAGAAAUAAUAAUAGAUGUAAUGAUACAACUGUUAAUAAAAGUUUUGAGAGCCCAAGACAAUUUGUAACCGAGAAAACUCAACUCAAAAUAGAUUCUUUUAAACCUGAUCAUGACACAUCAUUGUUAACCAACCAUUCUAUACAACCAUCAAAAGAUGAUGUUGACAUUUUUACCAAGUUCACCAACUUCUUACGAUCCAGUUUCAACCAGUCAAAAGCAGAUGAUUCUGGAAAUGUGGAGCAAUCAAAACAAGACAGUUACCAUACGUCUAUUUUGGUUACACAUCCACAAAUAAACCAAUACCAAAAGCAUUUUAGACCACCAGCAGAUCCUAGACAGUCUACUCUGGAUACUUUAUGUUCCUCAGAUUUUAUUGAAAAAACACAAGCACAUUACAGUUUAAAUGAAAAAAAAAAUAGAGUAAACUCAAAAUCCAAGAAUGAAUUCAAUAUUACAGCAGAUAAUCUGUGGAACCCAGCCAAAGUUUGCUCCCCAGACCUAAUUUUGACAGCUCAUGAGAGAUGUAACACCACUGCUCAAGCAGGACAUUCAAGGAGAAUUUCUACAGAAAUGGGUUUGCAUGGUAACAAAGAUCAACACAGAAACUUGUCCGUGUCUUACCUCAAGUCACCUGUGGAGAACUGGCCAAGUCAUAUUAAUGACACAACUCAUCAAGGUAUUCCCAAAGAAAGCUCAUACAACUACAGGAACAACUCCACUGCCUUAGCAAGCUGUUGCCAAGACCACCAUGACCAGAGGCAACUCACCCAUGACAGAUCAAAACCUGAAAACCAUAGAUUGUCUUUAUAUAACCAGUCCAUUCAACAUUGCUGCCAUUCCACUCCAAAAGAAAACAGGUUUGAGGAACAGAAACAACAGUGUGUUCAUCCAGAAUUGUUGAAGAUAUCUACUGAGUCACCUAUUUAUCAUGUAACAAGUGCAGUAGAGGCCAGUCAUAUUUCCAUGAUCAAUAUGUCAACCCAAACUCAGAGUAAUAUUACUGCUGAUGCUGUGGUAGAAGAUCCAGAAAAAUGCUUCGCUGUACCAAAUAAGAAAAAUUUGUCAAAGUCAAAUAUGACAACCCAAACUGAGACUGCUGAAGAUUCUGGGAGACCUGUUAAUGUUGAACUGAUGACUGUUGAGUCUAACCAUCAACAAACUGAAAAUAAGAAUAGUGCCCUGAUAAAAGAUAGUAGCUCACAGACAUCUAAUGAUAUUGAUGUUCAAUGUAUGAUCAAGGAUAGUUUGGGUGAUGGAGAAAUCUUUAAAAGUAUUAAAGAUAAGGAGACUUUGUCUAAAAAUAUCAAUUCUGACCUUGGAGAUGAUAAUGCUCUUGAUGGCUUCUCAUUAAUGGAUUUGUUUGAUGGUCCAAAGGAUUCAUCCAAGACUUACAAACGGCAGCCCUCAAGAAGAUUGACUAUAAGUGCCAAAGAGAAUGCAAAAACUGAUAAAACUCAACCACAAAAUCCUAAGAAUAAAUUUUCGAAUGUGGAUCUGAUUCAAGCAAUUUCAGAAGCCUCAACUGAAAAAGGUUCUGAAACAUUUGUCAAACCAAAUGUACCAGCCAUUAGAAGGCGAAUCCGCCACACACCUAGUUUAGGCUCCUCAGUAAGCAGUCGUCCAUCUUUGAAACAAACUGUCCAGGAUAUAAAACAGAUGGAAAAUGAAGCUGAAAGAUCCCCAGAGGAAAAUUUUAGAGCCCUUUCUUGUCCUUCCCCUGCACUCUCUGAAUUUGACUUCACUUUGGUGCAGAAGGCCAAGACUGGUAAUUAUUGUCAACAAAAGAAAACCGAAAGCACCAAACAAACUGAAUCACACAGCUCAGGAUUAAACAGUGCUGGUACAAGCUCACCAGCAACAACAUCAUCAACACCAAUGUCUGUUAAUUCUGCAUCAAAGUUUUCAACAGAGCUAGAGUUUGAAAGGGACUCCUCUGAUGAUGAAAAUCUGAAUGCAAAAAAGAUGUCACCAUCUAGUGGACAACAUAAAUCUAGAAGAAAAUGUCCAGGAUGUCAACCAGUAGAAAGUGGUGUAGUGCUCAAUAGUAGAACAUACAAUAUAAUCUUAGAAUCAAGUCAGUACACUUGCCAGUAUCAUAGAGAAUUACGUCAAUUGGAGAGAGAUUAUAUACACAGUAUUAAAUUAGAGCAGCAAGAGAAGACCUUUUCUCGACCUCAAUACAGACAGAAUGUUGAUGCAUCUAAAGAUGUUGUUCAAGACAAGAGAAGAGUCUAUGACUUCUCCAGUUCAGACAGUGGCUCUAAUAGAAAGAUUUCUCCUCCAAAUUCUAGUAGGUCCAUAAGUAAUAUAUGCAGAUCUAAAACCUAUGAAAACCGACCAAGAAGAAGAGAAAGAAUAGCUUAUACUGAAGAUGAGAUAGCCAACCUGGUAGAUGGUGUUAGUACUAUAGGAAGAUACUGGAAUCAAAUAUUAGUCACCUACAAGUUUCACCCAUCUAGAACAGCUGUUGAUCUUCAAAAAAAAUAUAAAAGGAUGCAGAAAAUAGAUAAGAAGGAUAAAGAAAGACGUAAACCAAAUCAAUUUAGUAUGUGUGAGGAGAGAAGAUUAAGACGUGGUAUAAAAGUAUUAGGGUAUAAUUGGAAAGGUAUACUCAAUAGUUAUAAAUUCUCUCACGGAAGAACAUCAGAAGAUCUCCGCAAUAAAUGGAGAAAUUUGAAUAAACUUCAUAAAGGAGACAAUUAG